AUGGAGGGGUUUGACAGGUUGGCUAACCGCAAUGAUUUGGAGGAAAUUGAAGAUCAACGAAUAUCUAGAUUUGUACACGGGUUGUGGGUUUCUAUCCGAGAUCAGGUAUCCUUACAAACCUUAUAUACUUUAAAUGAGGCUAUAACCCUAUCCAAGAAAAUAGAAUAUCAACAUCUCAGGGCAGAUUCGAAGUUUUCCAACCGCAAUUUGGAGUCAUCUAGUUCCAUUGCCAACAAAGAAGAAGACGAGGCAAAAGGUGAACAAGAUAGUAAAGAAGAUGGUGAAAAGGUGUAUAAUGAUGCUGAUCCAUAUGCCUAUAAUCUCAAUGAGGUCCAAGAAGAUGAGGAAGGCGUGCUAUUAGGGAGGUCUUUGUGGCAGUGUAGAGAACAUCGCAUCGAAGAGUUUGGUUACCAAACUAAGACUGAAGACAGAAAAGCAUCUCUCUCCAUACAAGAUAGGUUGGAUCAAGAAAGGCAUGGAAACUCUUGUUACUCAACAAUGUCGUGUAGACCUUGGCAAUAUGAUGUAGAUGCUACUCAUAGGUGUAAGGAUAAUGUGUAUGUAUUCUUUAAGAAUGGCAGAAAAAUUGUCCUUGGUCCUAUUAAGGAAAACAGUGUACCCAAAGCUUCUAAAGUGAAGGAGAAGCCAUCACUUCUCAUUGUUAACAAUGAGGAUGAGUUUGACAGGGAGUGUAAAGAGUUGAAACAGGUAUAUGCUGUAGUGGUGACAGAUGGAGAGUCGAAGAAGGUUGCUGAGGGGCAAGUAGAUGAGCUUUUAAGCAAGGGGCAAAUCAAGGAGAGUAUCAGUCCAUGUGCAACACCGGCACUAUUAACACAGAGGAAGGAUGGGAGCUGGCCUAUGUGUGUGGAUAGUCAAGUCAUCAACAAGAUUACAGUCAAGUAUCGAUUUCUUAUUCCUCGACUACAUGACAUGUUUGAUAUGUUGUAUGCGUCCAAGUGUUAUACCAAGCUGGAUCUCAAGAAUGGGUAUCACCAAAUUCGAAUCCGACCUGAAGAUGAGAGGAAGACAGCUUUCAAGACAAAUGAGGGGUUGUAUGAGUGGAUGGUGAUGCCUUUUAGAUUGUCGAAUGCUCCCAGCACUUUCAUAAGGCUUACGAAUCAAGUAUUGAAACCAUUUAUUGGGAAGUUUGUAGUGGUUUAUUUUGACGAUAUCCUGAUUUACAGGUAUGUGGUCAGUAUGGAUAGGAUUCAUGUUGAUGAGGACAAGGUCCGUGCAGUUAGAGAAUGGCCAACCGCAAAGACAGGAAAGGAGGCAAAACAGAGCUUUGCCUUGAUCAAAGAGAAGUUAAGCAUAGCUUCAGUUUUGGCAUUGCUCAACUUUGAUAAGGUGUUUCAGGUGAAGUGUGAUGCAUCUGUGGUUGGGAUAGGCAUUGGUCUUUUACAAGACAACAGACCAGUAGUAUUCUUCAGUGAGAAAUUUUGUGAAGCUCAAAGUAAAUGGAUGCAUGUUCGGUGGGUAGCUUAUAUACAGCGCUUCCAUUUCACAUUAAAGCACAAGUCUGGUGUCACUAAUAAGGUGGCAAAUGCGCUUAGUAGGCGAGCAUCUUUGUUGACCACCCUACAUACUAAAGUUGUAGGGUUUGAUUGCUUCAAAGAGCUAUAUGAGAACGAUGAAAAUUUUGGUGAUAUUUGGGUGGGGAGUCAAGCUGCAGAGAAUAUGGCUAAUCGUAUUCAAGCAAUGCAAGAGGAAGUGAGACAGAAACUGGAAGCUAAUAAUGCCAAGUACAAGGAAGCAACUGAUAAAAAGAGAUGGGAGAAGAUUUUUAGUGUUAGGGAUUUAGUGCUGGUCUACAUUAGAAAUGAGAGAUUUCACAUUGGUACCUACAACAAGUUGAUGAACAAGAAAUAUGGGUCAUUCCAUAUCACAAAGAAGAUCAACAACAAUGCUUAUGUAGUUGCUCUUCCACCAAACAUAAAUAUUUCUUCCACCUUUAAUGUUGCUGAUUUGUAUGAGUACCAUCCUCGUGAUGCGCCAGAUAAUGGGAAAUCAAGGUCAAGUUCUUUUCAAGUGGGGGAGACUGAUGUAGAAUAG